CGCUGCGUGCGGUCCUCCAAAAAGAUCCAACGCACCUUCUUUUCCCCCCCUCUCUCACUCGGUCCUCUCACACCCAAACCCCCUCUCUGCGGGGAGCGCCUCUCUAGUCAGUCCUCCUUCCAUCCCCAACCUACCACGCCGCUCACUCCUCGUCGUCCUCCUCCUCCGCUCUGUUGGACCCGCGCGUGGAGUAGAGAUCCAUCCUGAACCUGGAUUGCCUCCAUUUGCUGGUCAUUUGUGUGGUGAACAAUCUGAAGCUCCGAGGACUGUACCUGGCGCUGGCAGCAUGCGGUGGUUGGGUCUCUUUGUAGACGUAUUCCGCCAGGGGAUGUCCUUGAACCUCUACUGCCGUGUUAUUCUGUAAAAUUACCGCAGUAUACCUUGAUUCAGAGGUCUCUGGAGCAGUUCAGGAUUCCCCUUCUGGUUGGCGUUUCUGUGCGGCCCCUUUCUCUGCACACCUUUUGGCUCAUAGGUCUGCCAAGGUAGUUUAGAAUUCCGCCGGGCGUUUCUGUUCCCGUAGUUGUUCAGUCAAAUCUCCCGAGGAGAACGGAGAAGAGUACUGAUGGUUUGGAAAGCGACGGCCCAGACAAGAUUCCGCGUGUUUAUGCAUCAGAACGGAAUCGCUGUGAGAGUUAUAUCUUGCUUCCAGUCGUUGCAGAAUUGCCAGGCUGAAUACUUCCGACACCUCCUCAAACCCGUCAAGUAGUUCCACUCUGCUCUCUAGUUUUCUGCUGAAUAGGACUUGUGUCGUUUAGCCCUUUCUCAAACACAAUACAAGUGGAAGAACAUCCUGUUCAUCUGAAUUCCUGCUGGUAAUUCUGUUUGGUGAUUGUUUCUUGAUGGGAGAAAAGACUAAUCCUUGGUGCCAUUGGCCUAAUUCUCCAUGGAAAUUAAAUACCGACAGCUCUACAAGCAACCCCUGCCCACCUGACGUUGGUCAUGAUAGCACCAAUUCGGUGACAUUGCCCACAUGUCUGAACAGCCUUGCCUACAUCUACCCUGGAGUUUCUGCACCGGUGCCGUUGUUUACAGCAUCUAUUGCUGACAAACCUCUUCCAAUGACUUCGAGGUUUGUCGCGAUAAUGGCCCCCUAUGUAGGAUCAUCCAUAGCUGAUCCUCCAAAAAAGAGAUCUCUGGUUUUCUUUCAGAAUGAGAAACUUACUCCAACUGCAGGUCCCUUCGUAAGGAAAUGGGCCUUGGAUCCUGUGCCAGAACUGGAAGCUAGCAAUGAAACUAAUGUAACUGAUGUUGGAGCACAAGGCACCGAUGAUACUCAUGAGAACACCGAAGAUAUUAAUGUGCUCUUAGAUUCCGACUCGGAUGAAGGGUAUGAGAAAGUGCAUGAAUUGAACAAAGCCCCUGUGGACAAUGACACCAUGAGUGUAGAGUCAGUAGCCAGCGCUGGUGCUAGCUUAGGUGCUGCCCAACUAUCCAAGAAGAGAAAACUCUGCUCUGGUUCCGACAGGUCUGUUGUCGACACAGCCAGCUCAGCAAGGGUUGAUUGUUCAAUUGGACAGAGGCAUCUAGGCAAUGACGAUGACGCGCAGUCCUGUUGCAUUGGUGAAGUAGAGAGUGGCCACAAGUUUGCUCUCGCUAAGGAUGGAGAAGAAGCAGAAGAUGACAGCCCUGAUGAUCGGAAGCUUAGAAUAGAGAGGAUACAAGAGACUGUUGCUGCUCUCAGAAAGAUUGUUCCUGGUGGCGUUGCGAAAGAUGCCACAGCUGUUCUUGAUGAAGCAAUCUGCUACUUGACGUCUCUUAAACUCAAGGUCAAGACGUUGGGAGCUGUCUCUCUCUAGCUAGCUCCUUGGUAGUUCCGAGUUUGCUCUGAUAUAUUUGAGCUGCGACUACAAGUAAAAUUACUAAGUUGAAGGGGCCAAUUCAGUCCCGUUUGGUGCUUGUGACGCUCACGGGGGGCAGAAGAAGGCACAUACAAUGGCACAAGGCUGCAAUGGUUACAGUGGGCAUGAGAACUGCUUCAACUACAACUGGUAUGCAUGUACUCCUCUGGGUGUAGAUAACUAAGGAUCAUGGCGGCCGCCAAUUCCGGCCAAUUCCAUCACCGUGCACCUCCUCCCUCAAAAGGCCCCUGAUGGUGCUGAUGGAGCAAUGAGUAAACGCAACGCCAUAAAGAGCUUUGGUUGAGUGUGAUCCAAAGCAAAGGAGGCAGGCAAGAAAGGAAGGUGUCCAUGCAAAGCGAAUAGUCCCGUGCUGUAUGCGUUCAUGGCUUUUGAACCAAAGGCAAGAUAGCGCAAGGUAGGUGUUAGUGUGUUUCCUGGGGUCCAAGUCUCCCAACAAAGCGUAGUGUGCUCGCCUGAUAUGGAGUAGAACUCCCAGUUGCGCUCUUUCCACCCCCCUGCUUUCUGUUACAUAUAUAAUACUCCGUGUAUGCUUUGCCUGUGCAUCUUGAUCUCCUGCUUUAUACGCGUUGUAAUGUAAUGAUACUCCGUCGGCUCCACUGGUGCCUCCAUUAUUUGACUCAUUGUACGCCAGUAUGGUAUGGUUUUCUUUUUGCACUGU